CAUUGCCUCUGAGCGGAGAUGAUGGCGGCGGCGGGCCGCGGUGUGGCGGCUUCGGUCAAGGUGGUGAAGCCGAUCCUGUCCCGGGACCAGAAGGAGGCCAAGCGGCGGGUGCGGGAGUUGUACCGGGCCUGGUACCGGGAGGUGCCCAACACCAUACAGAAAUUCCAUCUGGAUAUCACGACCAAACAAGGACACGAUAAGGUGCGGGAGAUGUUUAUGAAAAAUGCCCACGUCACUGACCCCAGAGUUAUCGACAUGCUGGUGAUUAAGGGUAAAAUGGAACUUGAAGAAACGAUUAAAGUUUGGAAGCAGCGGACACACGUCAUGCGUUACUUCCAUGAGACGGAGACUCCUCGACCCACCGAUUUCCUCUCCAGAUUCUAUGAGGGCCAUGAUGUGUAAAUAAUGAGGCAAGGUGUCUGUUGUAAAAUAAAGAUAUUCUAAAGUAGUAAA